AUGAUGGAGUUUCAAUGGGAAAAUCAAACCAUUACAAGAGAAUUCCUCCUUCUAGGAUUUGGGGAUCUCCAGGCAUUUCUGCAGAUUCUUCUCUUCUUCCUAUUCCUCAUCAUUUAUAUCAUGACCAUGGCUGGGAACAUCCUCAUAAUUGUUCUUGUUGUGACUGAUCAGCACCUUCAUACUCCCAUGUACUUCUUUCUGGGGAAUCUCUCUUUCUUGGAGGCCUGCUACACUUCGACCAUUUGGCCUAGAAUGCUGGCUAGUUUACUGACUGGGAAAAGGACCGUCCCUGUUCAUGCCUGCAUUAUGCAGUUUUGGGCCUUUGGGUCUUUGGCAGCAACAGAAUGUUAUCUCUUUUCUGCAAUGUCUUAUGAUCGCUAUGUGGCAAUAUGCAAACCCUUGCAUUACACAACCAUUAUGAAUAACAAGGUUUGCAUCUUGCUAGUGGCUGCCUCUUGGAUAUGUGGCUUUGUGGAAAAUACAGUACUGAUAGUCUUUGUGUUUCAAUUAACAUUCUGUGGCCACAAUGAAAUAGAGCAUUUCUUUUGUGAUUAUGCACCAAUCAUGGAACUUUCCUGUACUGACACCCACAAGGCACAGCUUGCAUUAACAGUUCUGGCAUCUGUCUGCACUUUCCCAUCAUUCAUAUUCACCAUAACAUCAUAUGUUUACAUCAUUAUGGCCAUCCUGAGAAUUCCCUCAAAGAUUGGACGGAAAAAGGCCUUCUCUACUUGUUCUUCUCACCUUGUGGUUGUUUCGGUCUUCUAUGGGACAAUCAUUAUUGUCUAUGUGCUACCCAAAACAGAAAUGCUGAAACAGCUGAACAAAGUCUUCUCUGUUUUCUAUACGGUCCUGACACCCCUUGUUAACCCCCUUAUAUACAGCCUGAGGAACAAAGAGGUGAAGGAAGCCUGGAGAAGAGUUGUCAGCAAACGCAAUAUCAACCUACAAUGA